AUGGAGGGCGCGGGGGGCGGUGGGACCCCCAUUAUGGGGGGUGUUGGUGGGGUGGGGUACCUGCUGGAGCUGAACCGGAUCAUCGCGAACCAGCGGCACCUCCUGGCCUCGCAGCGCCGCCGGAUCGCGCAGCUCGAGGGGCAGCUCCAGCGCCUGGCCCGGGAGAACCGGCACCUGCGGCAACGGGCGGCGGCGGCAGCGGGGGGGGGAGCGGCGGCGGCGGGAGCGGCCCGGCACCAGGGCCACGCGGACCCCGAUGCUCAAUACCAGAACCACUUGGAAGCGGAGGGGCAAUUCCCACCCUGCACCGACCCCGACCUGCCCUAUGGGCCCCAUCCGGACCGGGACCUGCCCUACCAGGGCCACAUGGACCACGACGGGCAGUACCCAUCCCACUUGGAUCGCGACGGGCAGUACCCGGAUCCCUUGGAUCGUGACGGGCAAUACAGCGGGCGCCCGGACCGGGAGCGAGCCUAUGGAGCCCAUCUGGAUCACGACGGGCAAUACGAGGCGUUGAUGGAGAGGGAUGGGCCCUAUCCCAACCGGGAUCACGAUAGGGCCUAUGUGAGCCGUAAGGAUCGCGAUAGAGCCUAUCAGAGCCGUCCGGAGCGGGAUGCGCAGUAUCCGGGUCGCAUGGACCAGGAUGGGCAGUACCAUGGGUGCUUGGAGCAGGAUCUCCAGUACCAGCCCCACUUGGACCUGAGCCGGAUGGAGCGGGAUGGGCAAUACCAGAGCCGUAUAGACCCCGAUGGGCAAUACCAGAGCCGGAUGGAGCGGGAUGGGCAAUACCAGAGCCGGAUGGAGCGGGAUGGGCAAUACCAGAGCCACGUGGAGCGGGAGCUGCAGUACCGAGGCCGGGAUGGGCAUUACCCGCCCUGUCUGGACCGGGAAGGGCCCUAUCCUGGAGCCGGCUCCCGGGAUCGCUGCGGUGCUCCCCAUCAUCACCAUCACCAUCACCAUGGCCACGACUGGGACCGGGAUUGGCCGCGGGUACCCUUGAGCCGCAGCUCCAGCCCCGGGGGGGGUGGGCACAGCACCAGCGCCAGCACCAGCCCCGCCACCACCCUGCAGCGCAAGUCAGACCGGGACAGCUCGAGGACAGUGAGGUCAGUGCUACCCCCCCCCAAUGACCUUUGACCUCCC